UAAAUUCGAACUGCAAAAGAGCAGCGUUUUUUAAAAUUCAAUUGGGCAAUUUGAACUGUUUAUAGUUUUUUCGCAAUAUUGUGUCGACUGCGAACCCCUUGGUCUGCUUGGCUUCGGUUGUACAAACAUCUGAAUCUGUUUUACUUGUCAUAUCAUUGCAAUUGAAACAAACCCAAACAAGCCUUCUUCCCCAAUUGGAGUAGCAAGAGGCACAUAAUCUGUAAGCAUGGAUGCACAGGUCGGAGCUGAGUAUAUAAGUGCUAAAAGGAGAAGAUUAGAUGUGAACAAAGAUCUACUCAAGGAUAAGCUUGCAUCAGUGGCUGGGCAGCUGGGACGAGAAGUACACGUUUUUGUUAGUCCAGUGGCUGGAAAUUCGAAUGGCCCAAAACAAAUUCCUGAUGAGCCAGAUGAGUUUUAUGAGUUUACUAAUGAGGACUAUUUUUGUUUGAUGGCAAGCAAGAAAGAAGAUAACAUUUUGAAGACUAAAAAACUGCGAGAUGCAGAAAAGGCUGCCCGCAGAACAAAUUUUAGUAAGACAGUAAUAAGGGUUCAAUUUCCCGACAAUUAUAUAAUAGAGGCUGAUUUUGAGCCAUCAGAAUCCAUCUCAACAUUGAUGGAUUUUUUGAGAAAGGUCAUUGCACAACCAGAGUUACCAUUUUAUAUUUACACAACACCCCCAAAGAAAAGAAUCACUGAUUUGAUGAAGGAUUUCUAUUCUUCUAAUCUUGUACCUCGUGCACUUGUGCGUUUUCAAUAUGAUGUACCAGAAGAGGAAGACAAGGUUCCCUUUCUUCGUGAUGAUAUUGCAGCUUUGUGUGAUCUGCAUUUGUUUGUUGGACAAAAGGAAGAACAAAAACCAGCUGACCCUUCCCUUACUGUGGAGCCUCCAGCACAAGUUUUGGAUAACAAGCCUGCUGUUAAAAAAGCUGUAAAGCCAAAGUGGUUGAAAAUGUAAUAUAAUGAAAGUCUAUAUACUAUUUGCAAAAACAAAAAUGAAAUUGGCAAAUUUCUUUAGACUCGUAUAAUUAUUAUGUAUAGAGUAGGCUGUUCUAGAUACGACAAAAUAUUUAAGCUAUACGCCAUAAGGACUCCAAAUAUUUGUCAUGCCAUGUUCGUAUUAAGUAUAGAAAUACGAGAAGGCAUGUCUCAAAUAAAAUAAUUACUUUCCCCAUAUUAACGCCUCAUAUUUUUAAAGACAUGUAAGUUGUAACCAAAGUGGACAUGGUUGCCAGUUGUAUGAAAUAUACGAUUAGAAGAUGACAGAAUUAAUUUAAGACAAUUCUUUA